UAUUCCCUCCCCUUAAUCUUUCUUCUCCUCUGGAAUUCCUCCCUUGGGAAUACCACAUUACACAACAAAUUGUUCUCUCCAAUUCCCGGCGGUAGCCGUCUCCCUCCACCUCUGAGGGAGAUAUCAAUCCAAGGGAGACAAAAAAAAAAAAAAAAAAAACAAGAGAGAAUAAAUAAAUAAAUCACCCCAUUGUAGUUAUCAUCCAUCGUCAUGGCUCCGUCAUCGUCCGAUCACGAUUCUUCACCGAAGAAAGACAAAGAGUCCACAUCCGCCACGGAUGGAAAAACCAAUACCAUCGCCAGCCAACAACAUCCGCCGCCUCCAUACCCUCCUGGCGUCGGCUACAAUUAUCCACAAACCAUGGGCUACCCUCCUCCCAUGGGUCAGUACCCGCCCGGCUACCAAUACCCGCCCGGUUACCAUUACAAUUACAAUUACAACAACUACAACUACGCGGCACAAGCACCGCCGGCGGCCUACUAUUACAAUCACGGCGCCGGUGCGUACCCAACCCAGGAGGAGAUGAACGCGGCGGCCAAUUUCGCCCGGGGAUUCCUAAUCGGAAUGAUGCUCUUAUUCUUCUUCAUCUUCGCCUCCACGAUCCUCUUCUGGGUGGUGCUCCGCCCACAGGUUCCAGAGUUCCACGUCGAGUCCCUGACCGUCGCCAAUUUUGAGGCCAAGGAGUCCAGCUUCGCUGCGUCGUGGGACGCCAAUUUGACGGCCCGGAACCCGAACACGAAGAUCCGACUCUAUUUCAACCAGAUCGAGACCUUCAUGUUCUACGACGACCAGCCCUUGGUGUCCUCCUACGCCAACCCGUUCUCCCUGGAGACAGGGGCGGCGACGGGGAUGGUAACGAAGCUGGCCACCAACAGCUCCAUCGACGAGGAGGCGGAGGACGACGCGGUCGAGAAGAUGGCGGAGGAGUAUGGCUCCAGAGGGGCGGUGGAGUUUAGUUUGAGGAUGGCCAUGUGGACAACGUUUAAAUCGGAUUCGUGGUGGACGCGGCGGUCGACGGUAAGGGUGUUUUGCGAGGAGUUGAAGGUCGCCUUUGUUGGGAAGACAGGGAAAGGGAGCUUGGCUCCCGACACCAAUAGGGAAUGUUUGGUUUUUAUUUGAACCAUCUCUUUAUUUUUCAAUUUAAACUCUUCUUCGUUAGCUUUCUUUUUGUGCGCCUUAAUUAUUGCAAAAUUGGAAGACACUUCUCAUGUCUCUUAUUUAAUGCAUAUGUGAGUAUGUUUUCUGUUGAAGGCGAUACGAGCUUGGAGACUUACUUGUUGGUCAAAAAAUCCAAGCAAAAGUUUGCUAAUAGGAUUUUGUACGUAAUCGAGGGGUUAGCAAUGUACCUUUUGCCUCAAUGUAACUGGUUUCAUUCAAUAAAUCGAUACAAUACUU